AUGGACCAGCGGGUGAACCAGGAGCCUGGAGCUGGGGUGACUGGGGGGCAGCAGACGCUGCCCAAGGAAGUGGCCAUGAAGCCGUCACCUGAGGAGGCCGUGGGGACCCCCGGGCAGGGGCAGAGAGAAGCUCUGUCGUCCCCGGCACCGCCCCGGCCCCCCAGCCCCUGGCAGCUGCCCAUCGCCCCCCAGUCUCUGGAGAGUGAGCGGGACCGGCCGCCACCCUGUCCCGUGUGUGUGAGCCGAGCUGCUGACGCCCACUGCAAACACCGAGACCCUCUGGGGACCAUGGGGUACAGUCCCCACUUGCCCACGCCUCGGAGGCACUGCCUGGGCCCAGCCCACGGUCUCCCACACCCUCCUAGCCCCAGCCGCUGCGUCUGCAAAGCGGAAGUGUCCUCGGCCCUGGGGCCACCUCUCCUGGCCGGACCCGUGCCCAGUGCCCCUGGAUGGACAAGUGAGGUCACAGAGGCUGUGUGGACACUGCCGUGUCCUGUCCCCAGCCCACCUCCCCGUGGGGACACUGCUGUGUCCUGCCCCCAGGGCUGCCCGGCCCCCGGGCCCUGGCCCUCGCUGGACGUGGCCGGAAGGGCGCUGUGCAUGGCGCUCCGUGGCUGGCCUCCUGCUCACCUCACCAGGCUGCCGGGCAGAGGCGGCUGCCCAGAGGGUGACUCCGGGGCCACCCCUGUGCACUCGGCCCUCCUGGUCCCCUACGCAGCCCCAGCUGGUCCACGGGUGAGGACGAUCCCCGACAUCCCCAACUGA